ACCCACAGUUUUGCGUUGAAAAAAAAAAAGCGGGAAAAAGCACAGAGCCAAACCAGAAAAGGAAACAACAAAGCCAUUCAACACAUCGAACUCGAAAUAUCAAUAGAAAAAAAAAAAAAAAAAGAGUACAGAGAUAGACAGUGGAAAAUGGCGGAAGGAAGCUCCAGGACCGAUAUCCAGAGGAUACUCGCCGCCAUUAAAUCCUCCGAGGUUGUUGAGGACCGUGUUCAAUUGUUUACUGAUCUUGGAAAUUUAAAUUUGAUCGAGGAUGUAUCUGACUCUGAUUAUGCUUCCGUCAUGAAUUGCCUCGUAACCUAUUGGGAAAAUUUCACAUGUUUGGAUGUUUCCCAAUGCAUGCUAAAUAGAAGUAUUCUACUAGCGGCUUCAAAAUAUAUAUAUUUUAACCUACCUAGUUGUUUACCUCAAACUCUCACUCUUGGAGUCAAGGCUAGUAUAUGGUGUGGCAAGCAUCUAAAGAUGACUCUUUUGUCUACAGAAGAAUCUCAAGAAGACGAACACAGCUCUGUAUUUUACCAGCUUCUUUUGGAAAUCCAAAGAUUUUCUUUAUCAACAUUUUCAGCCUUGUUGAAAUUCACCGACGUUGUUAACAAGGAAUUAAUGGACGAUGUUGAAACCUUCACCGUAGAAGUGUUAAAUCUAACUAAAGAUUCUAUAUCAGAAGCCAAGAAAAUUCAAUCAUUUGGAUCAGAGAUAUUGAAGGUCGCACACAUGGUCAUUGAUGUUGUUGUAAAACUAUGCAAGGUGCGUUCUGAAUUAAUAAACUGGGAGGCUUCUGAUGAAAACCAGUUGAGGCUUGACAAACCUAUUAAUGUUUGCCAUGCUAUCAACAUAACAAAACACACCGUAGAAAAGCUGUCUCAGAUCGGUGUUCUUGCAGCGAAUGAUGGUGGCAGUUCAGUCAAUAUUCUUAGUGUCUCCUGGAAAGGUGUUGUUUCUUUGCUUCAAAUUGGCGGAGGACAUUUUACAGAAAUGAAUAUAGCAAAUAUAGUGGUAUCUUUGCUUGCACUAAUAACCGAGCCUUUGAAAUGUGCUGCUGAGGUUUGGUCAUCAUCACUGAACGAAACCAUCUCUGUUACUGAAGCUAAAAGGAUAUUUGUGCCAGUGAAAUUCUACCUGAUUAAUGCAGUUAAAAUAUGCUCACUGUAUCCUCAUCAGACCUACACAGUGUACAGGGAGAUUACUCAGUGUGUUCUCAUGAUCACUUCUUUUUGGAUUUUUGUAAGUAAUGAAAUUCUUCUAAAAUAUGCAUCUGCAGUAAUUGCGGAGCUAUUGGAGGAAACUACCUUGGAUAUGGUGUUGUCUUUGCUAAAUUCUGAUAAACUAAAACUGGAACAGAAGCUUGAGGUAGUGGAGUGGCUAUUCAUUGAUGAAGGAGAUUCUCAUUCUGGCUUUGAUGGUCCAACCUUUGCUGAUUGUAACUUUACAUUGGUUAAUGAAAUAUUUUCAAGUAGUUGUGAAGGCAUAAACAGAUCAAGAGUACUAAUAUUUGGUCGAGUUGUAUUGUUUAUUAGCUUCCUUAAAUACUCUCUCAAGCUCGAUGAAGAUGUGAAAGUAGCGAUUACUCAGAAGCUUAAUUGGUUUUUGGAUAUUUUAGUUGAGGAAAAUGUAUAUUCUCAUAUGCUUGUUUUGCAACUUCCUUUAUUCUCUGGCGGUGGUAAAACAGCUGAACUGGUGUGUCAGCCUAUGUUUACUCUCCUCUUGCAAGCAUUCAAAACCUUCAUGAUUGUGAUCUCUUCAAGUACAGCUUGGGGGGAGUUCGAGUCCUUCUUACUAGAGAACUUAUUUCAUCCUCACUUCCUUUGUUGGGAGAUUGUGAUGGAGUGCUGGUGCUUUGUAGUGAAACAUGCUGAAACACCAAUUGCAAAUAAUAUCAUUAUCAGACUAUGUUCAUUACUUAAGCUGCUGGCAUCCUGCGACUCAGUUUUCCUUCCUCAUUCUUCCUUCAGGAAAUUGACAAGAUCAAUUUACUUGCUUCUAACCUAUUGUGCAAAAUCAGUGGCUGACGAGGUCUACAUGUCUCUUGUUGGUAAUGGGAGAUCACAGUCGUCAUUAAUUUUGAGUUUGGCUCUGUUCCUUGAAGGGUUUUCGCUUGAUUUACUGUCAGAUGAGUUGAGAAAAACUUCCAUUCAAAGAAUUAUAUCUGAUUAUUAUGACUUCAUUGACAACUGUAACGAAGCAUCAUUGAUGGCCUGCUCCUCUGGUUUGUUUGGCAUUCCAGUUUUUAUUCUUUCUGCUUCUUUUCAAUCUUCUUUGCAAGCAUUCAAGAAUCGACUACCUGAGAUUGAUGCAAGGACCUUAAAGUUUUUGGUUUCAAUUAGUUCCAACUAUAAAAGUACUGUAGACAAAAGGAUCAAGAACCAUUCUCUUCGGCUUUUCGGCGAAGUUCUAGAGAUCAUUUCAUAUCUAAAAGAUCUAUACAUAUCAAAUGAUGUUGAACAGGCAAUAAUGAAGAUUGAAAGUAUCUUUAUCACUGAGCCUCCGGCCGAUUUAUACAAAUGCAAGCCACAUUUGGCUCAGUUCCUCGCUGGACUUGUUCACAUGGAAUUUUCAGAAAGUGACAAUUGUGAUGAAAAAAGCCGUGCUGCAUGGGAAUUAUAUCACUUUCUCUUGACAGAGCGGCACUGGGCACUCACUCACUUGGCAAUAGCCGCAUUUGGACAUUUUGCUGCUGGCACAGACUGCACUCAGCUAUGGAGAUUUGUUCCACAGAAUGCAGCACUUUCAUAUGAUUUAGUUUCGGGUACGGAGACAAGUAAGGAGGGAUUUAUGGCUGAGCUUAAAGCAUUUCUUAAUAAGCAAAAUGCUCUUCUGACAGUUGCACCAAGUCCUGAACAGCUUGAGCUGCUAAGAAAAGAAGGUCUUAUACUAAAACAGAUGAUCCAUAACAUUUCAGUUAAUGCCAAACUGAGAGAGGGAUGUGAGAGCAUGGAAGUUGAUGACAAGAACCAAUCAAAUAGCAUGGAAGUUGAUGACAAAAACCAAUCAAAUAGAAAGAGGAAACUUCCAGAUGGAAUUAGCAAAGGAGUGGAAUUGCUGAAAUGCGGUUUGAAGAUUAUUAGCGACGGUCUUUCAGAGUGGCAGCUUAAUCCAUUUGAAACCAAUGAACUGCAUAUCAAGUAUUCCACUCAAUUUUCUCGAUUAGAAGACGCAAUUACUCACUUUGAGGAAUUGGCUGGGAGCAGUGAGGUAUGUUUAUCUCCUAUUCAGAGCAACUUCUGAGGUUGAUUACCCGUUGAUGCAUGUGUUAUUGUUAAGAAAUCUGAUAUAUCUCAACACACUAUACUGUAUGAUUCGGAAGUUUUCGAUGUUCAGCAAAAGUUUAGUUCCCUGUUACC